AUGUCCUCGAAACCACCACUCGCGUCGGGAAAUGCACAUCAAACAAAAAUGUCCGGCUCUUUUGGACCAUCCAGACGCUCUCUCGCGAUCACCUUCACCUUCAUGCUCACCUUCGUCACCCUCUUCUAUGUCUUCGCCCCCAAGUUGGUGCGUAAAUACGCCAGAAAGUUCAAAAUCGGUCAGAUCGGAUUUCUGAGCUUGAAAGACCUUGAAUGGACAAGUAGUCCUCACAUCCCAGGCUACGACCAGGGCGCAUCGCAUUCGGAGGAGGAUGAAGCUGAUCAGGAAGAAGGCGUCAGAAUAACCGUCAAAUCAAUCGGCUUACGUUUCGGUAGCAAUGAAGGCUCCAGGCGCCAAUGGAUUGCCCUAAGAGUAGAUUCUCCACACAUCAGAAUACCCAAGCGACGCACACGGUCAGAUUCUUUUGAUUCUUCUUCAGAUUCAUCCGAACCUGAAGUCUCAAGUGCCGAAGCCAGCUAUCGAUAUGGACGGUCACGUAAAAUUUCCGGCGCCAGUUCCACAUCACAGCUAUCAGGUCUAGCAAGAUUUGAUGCGCCCGGGCUUGGAUUCCUCAAAAGCUUAUCCCACAAGUCCAAGCAGGCCAGAUCCUCCAUCCUCCGCCACCUGCCCCCUCAGCUACACCCAACGCUCCGGCUGCUACGCAAGCUCUUGCGUCUCGCUCGCCUCGAAAUCGUCCGGCCACUUCUCAAUAAGCUCAACCGAUUUGGACGCCGACUUUCGUGGAUUAUCAGCGUCUUUGGCGUCGAAGUGAACAGUAUCGAGGUCGAUGUCAGUAAUAUCUGUCGGGCAACGUGUAGCAUUAAAACCGGACUGCAGCUUUCUAGAGGCGAUAAUGGCAAGAUUUGCUGCUGGAUCGUGGUCAAAAAACUUCAAAUCCACAAGCUAACUGCCGUCCCUGAAACCGGCCUUCCGAAAGACGAUAUACGACCGGAUCAAGCCACCACCACAGCCGCCUUCAGCUUUCCAGGUUGCAUCGAGAUUUCCGCUAGCGCUGGAUUGGACCCGGUGAUUGGUUUGGCCAGCAUAUGGGCCGGCACAAAACCGAGGGGAUACCAACGAAUGCUACCUUCUAAUUCCUACCAGAGUUACCCCUCAAGCACAGAUGGAUCUUGGAAGCGAUACAUACGGCCCCGCUCAGUCAACGUAACCCUCAAAAUAUCGGAAGAUUUGCACGCAACUCGACGCACGUCCAAGAAAACAAGCUUCCCUCCCAAUCUCAAAGCCUCCAGCGCCUUCAUCUCAAUCGAGAACGCUCUGGCAAUCGUACGUGCCAUGCCUCAUCGUCCCAAAACAGGCAACUCGACUGGCCCUUCCAUUUCCAUCCUCAAUGAUGAGCCUCUAUUCUCGUCGUCUAACUUUGCUCAUUUAGAAGAGUCGCAAGAUUCGCCAAGCAAAGUUUUCUCGAUUCUUUCAAUCAUCCGGCAAUUCCAAAUCUCAUUACCCCUCCUGCACUGCUAUUACAUCCUUGCCGGUCCUGUUCCAUCGCCCAUCUCGACAUCCAACGCUCCGUCUGGCCCAACGCAGAACAAGAAAAUGGCAAUCGAUUUACAAAUCACGAGGUUUGUGAUGAAUUUGGAUUUGAGUGCUGAAAAGACUGGAAACGAACCCAGUCGAUCCGACCAAAAUCUUACCACACACAUGGAGUGGUUUGGUCGUGGUACUUCGAUCCCCUUAAGACUCAAUUCGCAGUGGAAGGAUAUCAGUAUCAAUGCCACCCUUCUCCCGGAUUCCCCAAGAUCUCAAGAGUCCAUUCCCAGCGGACCCACCCAACUGCUGCGAAUGUCGGAAGUGUCUUUCGUUUUAAGCUCCUCAUGGGCCCCACGGACGCUGCGCGAAAGGAUUGAAUCUGAACAUUUUUCUUCGCAUGCAUCCCAUAUCAGCCUCAAUGGGGAUCACAACAGUCAUAUGAUAGUUGCAGAAUUUGACAUUGGGAAAAUUAGAGGACAAAUGCCCGUCGAUAACUUGCUGAUCAUGCAUAUGUUGUCACAAAAGCAUCCAUCAGGCUCUGCGAAGGUUAAAACUGCCCCGCCUUCGAUGUCUCCAACCAACAACAGGUCUCGUGAUAACCGACGAAAGGAUACACCCAAAUUCGUAUUUGGAUUGUCAAUCCAGUCGAUCUCAUAUGACUUCUAUGGUCCCACGUGUCCGCCCACUCCGCCCUCGUCGUCGUCGUCUUCAGGCCCUACACUCAAUCCUAACAGUAAUAUUGGUAAUUCAUCAAGAGCUACCAAUAUUUUAUCCAUUGGGUGUUCGUCUUUUCACCUCAAUUCGGCUGGAGAAUAUGUCGAUUUAGUUGUCAAGCGAUCGGAGGUCGCCAGACGCGUUGCUAGAACCAGGGCUCGAAAGAAUGAAGUAUACGUGCCCACAGCACUCCGGGCCACUAGGAUCAGUGAAGCACACGAGGAAUCGAUUUCGUCCGAGAAGCGGCCCGUUGACGCAGACUCUGCAUCGACCUGCCGCGAGGCCGAGAGUACUUCCCUCAAACCUUCCGAAGAGACAUACGACAAUCAACGGGACGCCGGGCCGCAUCCCCAAGCUUACCCUCUACCCAAUCCUUCUCCUUCGUUCACCCCAUGGAAGUCGAAAGUCGAUAUUUUUCGCGAAAAGAGCUCGGUGGAUUUUUUCUAUCGACUUUCUUUCACCUGGCAAACUCAUUCCAUCGAUAUCGUCUUUCAAGACGACAACAUCAAAUUAGAAAAAUCCCGCAAUCCCUUUGCGUCUUUUGAUCUGCCUUCCCGAAUGGCUUCGCCUGGUCCUUAUGACUUUUUCAGCUUGAAGACGGUCGAAGUUACCUCCGAGUUCUGUUUGGCUGGGCGAAAUAUCAAUUGCUUUGAUAAUAAGCCAGUGCCUUCCAUCGACCUUAGUCUCCGUGAAGGCACAGUACAGACAUUUAUAGAAGAGGUUUCUUUCGACCUAUGGCGACCUAAUGUUUUGGCGAGUCUCGUGGUUUUUACUCAGGCUUUCACCAAUUUUCGUCGGCAGUCCCCUCCUCCCGAAGCAAAAAAUGAGAGUGAUCCAAGUCCUGCACCAGUACCCCGUACGGUUCCGAUUCCCCGGGACAUCGCCUUCUCAUUCGCUGCAUCAAAACUGAGCCUGCGUGUCGCCGGGUUUGACCCCAAACGUGACUCGACGAUAGCACGCGGUACUCAGCUAGUCGUUUUCAAUGCGCUCAUCGAGUGUUUCCGUCAGUCAAGCGCCCAACCUGGCCUCUACGCCUCGCCCCAUCGAUUACGACUUGAUCUUCAGGAAGACAUCCGGGUCCAAGCCAACGCCCAACUUGUCCAUAAUCCUGAAUUCGAAAGCUGCCUACUGAAAUGCGCAAUGAAGAAGAUCGAAUUGUUUGCAUUGCCUGAUCUGACUGGCUCCUUACACUCAAACCGCUUCUCUAGGAUUGAUUCGCCAAGCCAUCUACGGAUGUUUCAUUAUCGUUCGCCCUCCUUGUGGGACGAGAAAGCUAGGUUUGGCUUUCGAAACCAUCGCGAUCCUCAAUCUCCCAUCGAUUCUACCCUCAACGAACCGCAUGACAUCCUUUCUGAAAAUCAAGAGGUCUCGAUCAUCGAAGUGAAUCGCUUCGCUUGUCGCACCACUUUGCAAAUUUUGAAACAGGCUGAUGCGGGGGAAGACGAACUGAUCUUAGCAGUCGAAACAGGCCUCAUAACUCUCCAUAUAGAUGCUUUUCACAUUUACUGCGCCUUGAUCAGUAUUUCCACGCUACUGAACCUCGCCAAAAAAAUCUCAAGUCACAAACCUGAAAAUAAGCGCUCUCCUCAAAGUUCAAGUGGACUACCUAUCGGUAUACGCGCUGAAAUAUCAAAAAUACAUUUCCACAUGUUUUUGUCUCAUCAGGUUCCGAUAUUCAUCGAAAUGCGAAGAGUGUCGUUUCAAAGAUCCUCUAAACUGGGCUUCGAUGCGCGCUGGGACAUCUUAUUAUUAGCGGGUCGCAGCGUGACUUCCCCAGGAAGAUGGGAUGACCUUCUGAAAGUGAAGACGUGUAAGGUCAAAUUAGUACAAAUCAAUCCAUCCAAUCCGGCUUCGGACCCGGCAUUAGUCAAUCGGGGCUGGCAUCCAUUCGUGGUAUUAAUUGAAGGCGAUGCAGCCCGGCUCAGAAUUCCUUUCAAGUUUGUUAUUGCUGAAGUGAUCGAAAACGUCUCCCUCCUCGUCAAGACCACUAAACAGUUGAUCUACGAAUUUGCUCGUGGUGGUACCGGAUCUGUCUUGCAACCUGAAGUCGAAGCCCCGAAGAAAUUGCCGGAAAUCAGAAUCAAGUUUCGAAUAGUGUGCGUGCAAGCCGAAGACGACCCGUUUGAAAACAAGUUGAAUGCCAUCCGCCGGGCAGGUAAAGAAGAGGUGAAAGAUCGCCUUGCACGAGAUGAAAGCUUUCAACAAAGAGCUCAAGAGAUGAAGGGACCCAAGACGUACCCGCCGAACGACAACAAACCUCGUCAAAGCUGGGAAAGCCAUCGUCACUCUGACCGGAGUAGUACAGACUCUCCUCGAAACGAUGACAGCUCUUCUUUUGACUCAUCAUAUGUUGGUCGAGCUGAAGCCCAAUCUCCUCGUGUUUCCGUGACACAAGCCGCGCAGCGUCUGGAUGAAUACAAUGGGGCGGCCUGGAUUAGGCGAAUCAGGAAUGCACUCGCGGAGCAAGAACGGCAGGAAGAUGCAAUCCAGAGGCAGUUGUAUGGUCACACUGCAACCAAGCUUACUGACGUGAUGCCCAUUCCUAUGCUUCCUGUCACGAAAGCAACGCCCCUGGUUCGUGUCGUGUUCAACUCUAUCCGGAUUGCUAUUUACAAGGCGGAUUUCGAAAAGGAUGAGAACGGACUGAUGGAUUACUUGCACCAAGUUGGUAAAGGCCUGCCUAAAGACACCAAGUUCUCCUUGAUCGUUCCGAUGCACAUCAGCUGGCAGAUGGAAGGCGCGACGGUCCGGUUACGAGAUUUCCCACUUUACCUCUUCUCUCUACCCCGACCUCAAGCCCAAAAUGGCCACCAACAGGAGCGCGAUCUCUCACAAUAUACUUGGCAGUUCGAAAGUGAUUUUGUACUCGCCGAGGAGAUGUGCGGAGUAGAGUCUGUCCGUGCAGUCCAGAGCGUAGUUAUCCCGCCCCAUCAUUCCUGCGACGGCAAUAUCUACACCCUCGAUAUUCCAAAGUCCGUGAUGCCCGUCAAAAGUUACGCCAACCCAUUCAUCAAGAUCAAAUCGACGGCGCCGGUCCAGCUUGGAUGGGGAAAUUCCAUGCAGCCGACUGUACAAGAUAUGAUGAGGGUCUUGGAUACUAUUUCUAAGCCACCAGUAGAUCUGUCCGAACGAGUUGGGUUUUGGGAUAAGGUUAGGUUGGUACUACACUGGAGAGUUGACGUCAGUUUCGCGGGUAGCAAGGCCGACGUAGUUUUGCAUCUCAAGGGGUCUAGGGAUCCAUAUGAACUGCUUGGUAGCGGAGCAGGUUUUGCCAAAGUUUGGCGGGGUAACGUCAAGAUCUUGUUAGGCCAUCAGAACGACGAGCAAGAAUUUUUGCAGAUCAAGAGUGACCAAUUCAUCCUUGGAAUUCCCAACCUGAAAGAUCACAUCAAUAACGCUGCAACGGGUUCAGCUCCACUAGCUACGGCUACACCAGCCGCUAACUACAAGCGGGUCUAUCAACGCCUAUCUCAAGAAUCGGAAUCGGAUGAGAGUGACCCUGAAACAUUGAGUUCAAGAGAAACUGAAUUUAUCAAGAUCGUCGGUAAAUUGACAAAUGGCGUGAGGUGGGGGAUGGGAAUCGUUCUAGAAAGGGCGUGCUCGGAUAGCUUGGAUAAGGCCUGCAAUUGUCAUGGUCCUGCGUUCCACCGGAAGUGUCGAAUCUUCUCCUUCAAGCCUCAUUACCAGGUUGUCACUAAAACUCCCCAGUACGGCCGCGCGCCUGAUGGUUCCCCUACAGAUUCUUAUGAAGAUUUCAGGUCUGAUUUCAUCCAUUUCUCCAUCUCCCUUACCUCGCCCACCGAAAGUGGAAAUCGACAAAAACGGCCAACUGGUCAAAACUCGUUGUACUUUUCCGCCGAAAGCUUCACACAUUUUUGGUGUUGGUGGAAGACUUUCGACAGUGCUCUAGCACUACCGAUUCGACAAGGCAACCUUUUCCCCUCGGCCCAGGCUCCCUCGAAGAAAUUCGGUCGCCACGUUGCAACGAUCAAAUACCGAUUUGGGAUCUCGCCUCUUUUCUUGGCGCACACUUACAGGUAUGAAAGCGCUCCAGAUUGGGUGCGUGGGAAAAAUGUCGUCUUAGGUUUCAAAGCAAAAAUCUCAACAUUCAAUGUUGAUCUGCACUCGAGAGCGGUCGAGACCACGAUCAGGAAACCCGAAAUGAAGGAACCAAAGAAGCUCAUCCGAAAAGCUUUCUACCAAGCUGAGAUCGAAUGUCAAGACGUCGAGAUUCGAGCACUUUCAGCGGUCUUUCAAACCCCAAGGAAGUCCACAUAUGCUAAUGACAUCGGUCUUACCGCUGACCAGGAUGAAUCUGAAACGAACUCCAUAUGGGAAGAUACUCUCGAAGACGAGAGCGAAUUCUUAGUGAAUCCAUCCGGAGAAGAAGGAUUUUCGAUCUACUCCAGCAAAUUGGGAAAGAAAGAUAUGGAAUGGAUUGAUCUCAAUGAUUUCUCCGAUAUCUUCUUUUGGCCCAACUCCAGCGGCGCCCAGCAACCGAAAAUCAAGAUGUUCGAUUGCUUGUCAUGUCCUCGGAUCUCUUUCCUCCGUAGACCUUCCUCAGCCGCAAGUUUCCAGGUCUCGACCGCUAAUAACAAUGCUUCCGAUGGGGAAAGUAUAGCCGAUGGCCAGCCGAUCGAGAGAACUAAAUUUGGGAAAGAAGACACACACACUUGUUUUAUAGGGAAAGCUGAGGAUCCUAUGAAAGUUCAAGUCGGUUUGAUCGAUGCGCGUUUAAAGGAACUCAACGAUAAAAAGUAUCACUGUCUUGUAAAUGCAGGGUCCUACCAUCCCCAACGUCCCGAAGACACCAUGAUGCUGUUGCAAAUCGAAGCGCGCAUGCAAACCCUCCGCGAGUUAAAAGCGACCAUGUUGAGGGAUAAAGGGAAUUAUAACCGGGACAGCCAGACCGAAGAUGCCGACAACCAAGCCGAGGGCCUAGACUGCUCUGAUUCUUGGGCUGACGGAGAAAGGUUUUUGUACGAAAUGGCAAAGCAAAUCUCGGAUGAAAAUAGUGAAUGGUCCAACAGGCUUCUGGUCCACAAUCCCUCGAUAUUAAUCUCGAACUCCAUAAGGGAUAUACUGCUGAAGUAUUAUUACAGCUCUUCACAGCGUCGAGCGUUCAUGUAUCAUAUUUCUGCGAGAGCGGUCAAGUUCAUUUUGGAUCUAGCCGAGCAAGAAUCAUCCAUUCCAGCGCAAAAACCCAAACAGGAGUUCAACAAAAGAAGGUCCCGCAUGCGGAGCUUUGACUAUCAAAAAUUUGAAAGCCGAAUGAAUUCUGGGACGGGCUCUAAACCUCAACCGAAGUUUCCCAACGAAGAUUGUUCAGCUUCGCCUUUCCGCUCAUGUAUCGAAGAGCAAGCUGAACAAGAUGUCCCCGAUGAGUUUAUUCUCGAUCCGGCGGACCUUGUUCUUUUGCUGCGACCCCAAAUCGCCUUUCGGAGUGAAGUUGAUGACAUAUCAACCGUCAUUCUAACCGCGUUCCACGCGCAAUUCAAGAGUUUCGAGGUCUUGGACCCUUCACACAUCGAUGAUCCUGUUAAUGCAACUGUGAUGAAAAGAAAUUUUGGCACGGUGAAGGGCUUCCAAAUGUUCUAUCCCUGUAACUCACCUGCCGCAUCCUCAUUGCACCCGGCUCCAGGUGACCAAAAUUCCCAGGUUCCGAUCGAAGUCUUGGUUGAUCUCAGGCUUGAGCCUUGGGGGUUUGAUCGGUUAAUUGGACGAUGCACCGUCAACAUAGCCAAUGACGCAUUCAACCAGCUUCGUAUUAAACGGCGAUCGGCGGGCGCGGAUGGAAGCUUUUCCUCGGCGACUCAGCCACACUUGCAAACUUCGACAGACUUGCUUCGGGUCGAAAUGGCCGAUGCGGUUUCAGUACAUGCUACCGCGACACACUAUCGCGCAAUAUAUAAUGUGAUCACCGAUUUGUGCUUGUAUAUUGAUCCUGCCCAAAAAAAGCGGAAUGCGGCAUUGGAAACGAUGCAAUUUGCCUAUGACGUCGACGAUCUCGAGGGGAUGGCCGACCAGAUUCAGCAACAGCAAGCCCGAAUCCGACUGUAUAGAAACAAGCUUGACGAAGGAUACGUGGACCUAAACGUUUAUGACGAGGUUCGGAUGGCAGCUCUCACUCAGUGCGAAUAUCAACUUUGGAUCCAUGCUUCAGACCUGAACCUGAUGGUGGAAGCCAUCCGCAGAUCUCAAGCCAGUAGACUGGGUAGAUCGAAGGCAGAAAAAUUACCAGGUUCCCAGCUGUUAGGCCACGCCAAAUCGAUCACUUGGCACAUGCUUGCCGACAGCGGCGAAGCAAUAGCCAAGCUUUCAGUUACGGAUACUCGAUUCGAAAGCUACACUCUGCCAGAUACAUCCGUCAGUAAUCGGCUAUACGUUCAAGACAUGCUAGCGUUGAACAUCAGCGCGGAUAGCGACCGACAGUUCGAUGAAAUUCUCUCUCGCUAUGAGCCUUACAAUCCUCUCGGCCCCGCAGUAAAUUCGAAGCAGUUCUUAAUGGUUCUCUGGAAAACACUGCCACCUAUCGCUGGCAUUUCUAUAAUAGAAUCAUUCCUUCUAGAAAUCCACCCAAUCAGGUUACAAGUCGAACAUGCGAUUGGAGUGAAGGUCCAUGAUUACCUCUUUGCGCACAAGUCGACAACUGCUGAAAGUGAACACGACUCGGAUGAGCCAGGGAAUGCUAUCGAAGCUUUGAACGUGCCGGUAAUCGAAGGCGACGUGAAAAAACUUCAAAAGAAGCGAUCUAUGUUACUGAACCUGCAUCAACCCAAGAGUCGCGCGGUCACUCCCGAUCUGCCAGAUACCAAGCGCAAAACCGGUAACUUUUCGACCCUUCCGUCUCAAGAAUCUCUGUAUGAUUUAGGUUCUGUGAGUGGGCGCUCGCGGCCCACCGAAUCCUCAGGAUUCUUGAAUGCAGACUGGCGCUCAUCCUUCGGAGUCAACUCAUCCACAGCUGGCGGAUCUCUUUCCAAUCGAACGUCUCGCGCAGUAUCCGUUCGCAGUAAUUCCUCUGACGGCCGCCGCCAGGGUGCAAGUAUGAGUACGACCCCCACGGUCUUGAUGAAUUGGAACAAGCAAAAAACUGAGGAUGCGACUGAAAUGAAGAAGCGAGCUCAGUUGUACAAAUCAUUCUUAUUCAUUGACGUUGCACCCACAAUACUGUGUGUUUCCUAUAGUGGUCCAAAAUAUCCGGAUAUCUUCGAUCUCGUCGUUAAAGUUCCGCCAUUUCACUUUGAAUCCAGGACGUGGUCCUACAGCGAAUUCUUCGAUGAAAUCCGCCGGACAUGUGUUUCCUCGUUAUUCAAGCAAUCUCCUUCGAUCCUAGGACAGAUCAUCACGACUGCGAGAAAGAAUAAAUCGGUACCGAAGCUGAUGGGCCAGAAAAUGGCCUCCGGUUUCAAAUUCAAAAAGAGGAACUUGUUCGAGCGUGUCAACUCUACGCCUACUAACGCUCGUCAUGCUUCCACGAGCAGCUUAUCAUCCACCCUCGCUGGGACGACUAUCGAUGAGGGAAGCUCUACCACCUCUCAAGAUACACACAUGCCGCAGAAUGCGCGUUCGCCUUACUUGGCGACGGACGCGUCCAGCUCAUUCGAAGGCUAUCACGCACAGAACAUCAAAGAGAGCACCCCUCGACCCGCUUUCUUCAACCAAUCACCUCAACUUUCCGGCGCUUUUUCGUCCAAUGGGAACAGUCCAACCCUCGGCUCCUUGGAUCUCGAAAGCUGUGAAACAAUCAAUGACAAUUUCCCUACCUCGGAUAACUCACCACCCACACUUGACCAUCGGUCUCGAUCCUACGAAGGAACAGAUCACUCCUCGCCCUUUACGCCCAUAGGCCGACGUCAAACGCAUAUGAGAUUGUCAGCUUCAGAUGCCAGCCACUUUCAUCCGCACCAACCUGUCCGCCAACGUCGUCAGAGCGAAGGACCUCCCUCAUCGUCACAUCGUCUUCCCAUUACUACUGAACCCAUGCCUUUGAAUUCCACCUUUUUCACAAAUCCAUCUUCUCACCCUUAA